GGACAGCUACUGGCGCAGAUGAGGUUGAGGAGUUCAGGCGACGAUGCGAGAGAUCGAGACAGAGUAGACGAGACGAGCCGAAACAUGUUAUCUCGACGCCAUCCAAUACCAAGCCAGCGCUCGACCGUUUGCAGCCGCGUCCUCCCCCGCCCCGCCGGACUGAGCAUCUUCCUUCUCUCUUUCUCACCACCACCAUCAAUCGCCCCCCGGUACAUCUUCGCGCAAUGUCGUGGAUUCAAAGAAUAGCCGAGCGCAGCGAAAGGCCAGCUCCUAUCAGCAGAGACGAGGAAGCAAGGCCUCCCGCUACUCCUCACACAAGGGUCUUAACUCGCAGCGGCCUCAGCCACCGCUCCAGAGCUGCGCCGCCUACUCCCCCUCCUCGCGCAGCAAUCAAACCACUUGUCUCCUCUGGCGAGUCGUCCUCCUCCUACAAUGCAGCCCUCGGUCACUCGCAUACAGUCAACGCAGAGCCCCCUGCCCGACCCACCAUCCGCGCGCAGCAAGAUGCCCCUCUCACCUCCCUAUAUGCUAGCACUUCCAGCCGCAGCGCACCUUUUCCCCUCUCGCAGCCCAUCCUCUUCUUCCCCGAGAUCUCUCGCUGGGACUUCUACCCUCAAAUCAUCAAGACAGGCACGCCAGAGAGCGUCUGGGACCCGCGACGAGACGGCAACUGUGGUUACCACAUCCUGGCGCGGGUCAUGAAGAUGACGGUUCUGGAGCUGCGCCUCGCCUACUGGGACUUUCUUGACAAGCGCGUCAAGCAAAUCUGGCCAGACGUCUCACUUGCUGUCAUCCAGCAGGCAAAGUGCCGCGUCUUCUACGAUGGGAUUCGCGGGAACCUCUCGUGGGAUGAACACUGCGUCUCCAAGGAGCUUUAUCUCGACUGUAUGGACCUGUGCUUCCUAGCCGAGAUGCUCCAGCGAACCAUUGUGACCUUUGACUCCCGUGACCCAACGAAGGCCUGCACCUGGCCUCCCGUCACGGGGGAUGAGGCAAGCUUGCAGGAAGAACCUAUCGCGCUGUGGCAUCUCGCCGAGCAGGAGCAUUGGCAGCUAGUCUAUCUCAAGGAGGGCGUGCCUUUGCCUGCGGUGUGCUUGGCAAGUUGGGGGCCGAUGGAGACGCGAUUUCUUGAGGCAAGCUAUCAUGCUCUGCUUCAUGCCAAGUACAGGUUUGUGGCGUGGAGGGUAGGGAAGGCGGAGGAGGUCGGGUGUGGUUGCCGAGGGGUGGCUCCAGCGCCGCCUCAGGCGUUGUGAUGGUGGUGAGGGGAUAAGCUGGUGGGGUCGAGGCUCGGCGAAGGGAAGGAUGAUCAGGAUGUGAUGGAGCUUCGAGGGUGGACGACGAACGAGUGAUGAGGGGAGGGGAGGGAGUGG